UGCUGACCGUAAAGCGUUCGUUUUCCGGUAAAACUUGGCUGUCGGAUCGAGGCGUGCGCGGCUUUGCCGUGAGUUGAACCGUCUGUGUUAUAAGCUACUGUAGAGCCUCGCUGGUAAUUGUACAAAGAAAAAGCUUAGUGAAGUUGGUGUUCCACUAUGCCGAAAAAUAAAGGUAAAGGAGGUAAAAACAGGCGCAGAGGUAAGAAUGAGAAUGAAUCCGAAAAAAGAGAAUUGGUGUUCAAAGAAGAAGGACAAGAGUAUGCACAAGUAAUCAAAAUGCUGGGAAAUGGACGAUUAGAAGCAAUGUGCUUUGAUGGUGUAAAGCGAUUAUGCCAUAUUAGAGGAAAAUUGAGAAAGAAGGUUUGGAUAAAUACCUCAGACAUUAUUUUGAUUGGUCUCCGAGAGUAUCAGGAUAACAAAGCAGACGUAAUUUUAAAAUACAAUGCAGAUGAAGCUAGAAGUCUGAAGGCAUAUGGCGAGCUUCCUGAACAUGCUAAAAUCAAUGAAACCGAUACAUUUGGUCCUGGAGAUGAUGAUGAAAUCCAGUUUGAUGAUAUUGGAGAUGAUGAUGAAGACAUUGAUGAUAUCUAAAUUGAAUUCAGUUUUCAUUUUCUGAAGACAUUAACUGGGAAUUUUGACCAUCAACUUAAGAAGAAUAGAACUUUAUUUACCAUGAGUAUUGUUUAUUAAAACAAAUUGUCUUAAUUCCGUUUUUUUUUUAAUGUAUUUACUAUACUAUAUUUCUUUAAAAAUUGAUGUUGAACCAUCUUAGGUGACAUAUUAAUUCUUUAUUUUUUAUAUAAUGAGACUUAGAAAUAAAACAUUUUUAAAAAAGAGAAAGAAAUGCCUUUUCUACCAUUGACAGUCACAGUUGCAAGAAAUUGAUGUUUAAUCAGAAUUGAAAAUCAAAAUUGAAAGUCAUAGAUUUGUCUGGAAUAGUAUUUAACUAAUUUCUAUAGUCUAUGGACUUGUUCUGUAUCUUUCAGAAAUAUAUUUAUGGUCUCUAUAACAUUUAAGAAUGAUCAAAAUAUACUUUGGAAUGGUGUCAGCUUAAGUAUUUUUAUACUGAGUUUGUUACCUUUUAUAUUUUUGUAACUAUUUGUUUUCAUCCUUGUAAGUCCAUUUGUAAAAUGCAGUUUUCAAAAUAAGGAUGUAUGUUACAGUUUUGAAUUUAUAAGACUUGUGGCUCCAGAAAUAGUAUAUUGAAACUGGAAGAAGUAGCAUAGUAAUUGAUGCCAUUUUCUUUAGCAUGCAUGGAAAAAUUGUCAAGAUGGUAAGGUACAUCAAGUAUUUUUUACUCUAUGAAAAGUAUGUUAAAAGGUGAAAUUUUAUUUAUAACAGUCAUCCAUUGUAAUCCAGUUUUAAGCUUCAUAAACAGAUGAAUUCAGUAUUUAAGUGGAAAACUAACUUCUUAGUAAAUUUUUUAAACCAAAAAAUUGUAAAUCUUUUCCUGAA